AUGUUUGACAAUCUGACGGAACGGCUUACCGGCAUAUUCAACCGGCUGUCCAGCAAGGGGCGGCUGACGGACAAGGACAUCGACGAGGCGCUGUCGCUGGUGCGGCGGUCGCUGCUGGAAGCCGACGUCAACUUCCGCGUUGCCCGCGACUUUGUGGCCCGAAUCAAAGAGCGAGCCCAGGGCGCCGAGGUGCUGGAAAGCCUGACGCCGGGACAGCAGGUGGUCAAGAUCGUCCACGAGGAACUCACCGAUCUCCUGGGCGGAGGAUCGGCUGGCUCGGGACGUCCCGGAAUCACCCUGUCCAGCCAGCCCGUCUCGGCCCUGAUGCUGCGCAAGCAGGGGCACCGCUCUCUUCUCAUCGCUGCCGACCUGCGCCGGCCCGCAGCCAUCCAGCAGCUGGAGACGCUGGGCAAGCAACUGGACAUUCCGGUCUACUCGGAGGAUCCAGGAUCGUCCAACGCCGUCCGGGUAGCCCGCAAUGGACUGGCCAGAGCCGCUGAGCUGGGCGUCAACUGGGCCAUCGUGGAUACCGGUGGCCGCCUGCAGAUUGACGACGAACUGAUGGAGGAACUGGAAGAGAUCCGGGACGCCGUCAGUCCGCACGAAACGCUGCUGGUUGUGGACGCAAUGACCGGCCAGGACGCGGUCAACACCGCCGAGGGCUUUCACCAGAAGGUGGGGCUCACCGGCCUGAUUAUGAGCAAGAUGGACGGCGACGCCCGCGGCGGGGCAGCGCUGUCCAUAACACGGGUAACCGGCGUGCCCAUCAAAUACAUGGGUGUGGGAGAGCGUCCAGAUGGGCUGGAGGUUUUCCACCCGGACCGGCUGGCCUCUCGUAUCCUGGCCAUGGGCGACGUGUUGACGCUGAUCGAGCGGGCACAGGAGGCCGUCGAUGAGAAUAAGGCCAAGGAAAUGGAGCGGAAGAUCCGCCAGGCCAGCUUCGACCUGAACGACUUCCUGGACCAGCUUCAGAGCGUCAAGAAAAUGGGCUCAAUGGACCAGCUGAUCGAUAUGAUCCCGGGAAUGGGGAGUUCCACUCGAAAGAUGAUGGCCGGCGAUCUCGACGAGUCCAAGUUGCGGCGGAUAGAGGCGAUAAUCCACUCGAUGACGCCCGACGAGCGACAGCGCCCGGACAUCAUCAAACGGCAGCCGCCGUCGCCGGAUUUCCCGGGGCAGCGGCACUACGCCACAGGACAUCAACCAGCUACUCAACCAGUUCAAGCAAACCCAGAAACUGGUCCGCCAGAUGUCCCGCUCCCGCAAUCCUGCCAACCUGAUGAAGAUGUUCAGCCG